UCUAAAUAAGGCUCUCUGAGGAGCAGCAAGCUCGCCUCUGCAAAGCUUCAUAACUUCUCUAGUGUGUGUCAGUGGCGGGCAGAUCGUCGCGCACAGCAGCGUUUUAGAGACAGAGACAUUUUUUGCGUUAAAAUUAAAAUCUGUGCGCCAUGGUAUACGGAUGGUACACGUUUUGACGCCCAUCGCAGAGUCUUCUCCUGAUUCCACACGCCGAGUUUGGAGACACUGUACGCUGUGAGACAUCAGGGGUUCAUGUACUGGAAAAAUGAAGUUCUGUCCUCUCUUUCAGAGGGAAAUAAGAUUCUGUCCGAAGGAAUUCCCACGAAGCAGGUGAUCUCUACCGAGCAUCAGAGUACACCGGGAGCCUCGCGCUGCAGUGUGGACUCUAAACACGCGCCAAUGUCUCACUCGGACGGAGAAUCCCAGCGGUCCAACAUGGAGCGGGAGGACACUCGCUCGUCCCCCAGCACUCCGUCCACUCCCUCCGUGUGCUCACCGACCUCCACCACCAGCUCGGUGCCGUCCACCGGGAAGAACAUGUGCGCGAGCUGCGGUCAGGAGAUCCUGGACAGAUACUUACUGAAGGUGAACAACCUGAUCUGGCACGUGCGCUGUCUGGAGUGUUCUGUCUGCAGGACGUCGCUACGUCAGCACAGCAGCUGCUACAUCAAAAACAAAGAGAUCUUCUGUAAAAUGGAUUAUUUCAGUAGGUUUGGUACUAAGUGUGCCCGCUGUGGGCGGCAGAUAUACGCCAGCGACUGGGUGCGCCGCGCAAGAGGAAACGCAUACCACUUGGCAUGUUUUGCGUGCUACUCGUGUAAGAGGCAAUUGUCCACGGGAGAGGAGUUUGGUUUGGUGGAGGAGAAAGUCCUGUGUAGGAUCCACUACGACACCAUGGUUGAGAACCUCAAACGAGCAGCAGAGAGUGGCAAUGGUAUCACAUUAGAAGGAGCUGUUCCAACAGAACAAGACAGUCAACCCAAACCGGCCAAAAGGGCACGGACAUCUUUUACUGCAGAACAGCUACAGAUCAUGCAGGCUCAGUUUGCCCAGGACAACAAUCCAGAUGCCCAGACGCUACAGAAACUAGCCGACAUGACAGGCCUCAGCAGACGAGUUAUACAGGUGUGGUUUCAAAACUGCAGAGCAAGACACAAAAAGCACACGCCCCAGCACAGUGGGGCUCCCCCAGGUCAUCCCCAGUCCAGGAUACCCUCGUCCCUGCCAGAUGAGCUGCAUUACUCCCCCUUUGGCAGUCCUGAACGGGCACGCAUGGUGGCCCUUCACGGGUAUAUCGACAGUCACCCCUUCUCAGUGCUGACCUCUCAGAGUCUCCCUCACCAGGCCAUGUCGCUGCCACAGCUCCCCCUCAGCCGCUAGCGUUUCACCACUAUGACCCCUAAUGCUCCGGAUCCUAACCCUUGAUCUCCCAUCACUGACGUCUGCAAACUGACCCAGAGGUCAUGCACAAGUCAACCUGGAGAAAAGACACAUCUUACAGGAGCCCUGCCCGUACGGAAACAGAAAAAGAAACGGAAGCACGAGGAAAAACUACAUCCGUCAUUACAGGGUUUUUUUUCUUUUUGGGGACAGGAAUAUCCCACCUGCAGCCACUCUGUCAGAAACGAUUGUGAAGCAUUUAUCAUUAGUGGGAGCUCACUGACUGUAUUUCACAUCACCUAAAGGACCCAUAUUGCUUCACAUGUACAGCGUCCUCCAAUCUACUCAUCCAACCUUUGACAUGAAGGUGGAGGGAGUUUUAAAGGGAUGAAACUGACAGAGGAAGCUGAAGUGAGUGCUGUCAGAAUACUGAAGAUAAACAAAGAGGGGAAAACUUAAAGGGGGAACUGUCAUUGUGGCCCAGCACACACAGUAGACCACAUUAGAGGUAAGACUCCUCACUCUUUUCUCUCUAAGCAACAAUGAAGGAAACAUACAUGUAAAUUAAAUAAGUGGUUGGAAUAUUUUCUUUAGAAAUGACAAAAGAAUAAACAGAAACUUCCAAGUUACAGUUUUUGGUCAUUUUCAACUGAAAUGAGGUGCAGAAUCAGAUUUUUGCUGAAGAAUAAAAAAUAUUGUGUGCCUUAUCUUU